UCCAGCAAGGACGCGCAUCUAUCCGGCUUCCGUCUCGCCUCCGACAUCACCACCUUCCAGAACCGUCCAGGCAGCGCCGGCCGCGAGCCCUUCAUUAUCGGAGUGUCAGGCGGCACGGCAUCAGGCAAGACGACGGUGUGUGAGCAGAUCAUACAGCAGCUGAGGGACCACCGCGUGGUGCUCAUCGACCAGGACUCCUUCUACCGCUCCCUCACGCCCGAGGAGCUCGAUAGAGUCACCGAGUACAACUUUGAUCACCCAGACGCGUUUGACUCGGAGGCGAUGUUGGAGACGAUUCAGGGGCUCAAGGAGGGGCGAGCCGUGGACAUCCCCACCUACUGCUUCAAGACGCACCGCCGCGGCACCGCCAAGCGCCAGGUGAACCCAGCGGACGUGGUCAUCUUGGAGGGCAUUCUGGUGUUCCACGACCCGGCGGUGCGAGCGCACAUGAACAUGAAGAUCUUUGUUGACACUGAUGCUGACGUGCGCCUGGCUCGGCGCAUUCGCAGAGACACCGUGCACCGCGGGCGAGAUGUGCAGAGCGUCAUCGAGCAGUACGCCAAGUUUGUGAAGCCAGCGUUUGACGACUUUGUGCUGCCCACCAAGAAGUUUGCCGACAUCAUCAUCCCGCGGGGCGGAGACAACCACGUGGCAGUGGACCUCAUAGUGCAGCACAUCCGCACCAAGCUGGGCCAGCACGACCUCCGGAAGAUCUACUCGAAUGUGUUCGUUAUUGAGUCUACCUUUCAAAUCCGAGGCAUGCACACGCUGAUUCGCAACCGGGACACGCGCAAGCACGACUUUGUGUUCUACGCAGACCGGCUCAUCCGGCUGGUGGUGGAGCACGGGCUGGGCCACCUGCCCUUCGUGGAGAAGCAGGUCACCACGCCCACCGGCUCCACCUACGUUGGCGUGGACUUCUGCAAGAACCUCUGUGGGGUCUCCAUCAUACGGAGUGGGGAGAGCAUGGAGAAUGCGCUACGAGCAUGCGUGAAGGGCAUUCGUCUGGGGAAGAUUCUCAUUCACCGUGAGGGGGACGAUGGGAAGGAGGUGAUCUACGAGAAGCUCCCGAGCGACAUCGCGUCGCGCCAUGUGUUGCUCCUCGAUCCCAUCCUUGCAUGCGGCCCCCGAGGGCAUUCACACGCUGUGCCACGCGUUCCCGAGAUCAAGAUCGUAACAUCCGAGAUUGACGUGGCCAUCAACGACCGGUUCCUUCCCCCUCUCCCUCCCUCUCCUAACCCCCUAUCCCUCCAGGCCCCUGAGGGCAUUCACACGCUGUGCCAUGCGUUCCCGCGCAUCAAGAUCGUGACAUCGGAGAUCGAUGUGGCCAUUAAUGAACACUUCCGGGUCGUGCCGGGCAUCGGCGAGUUUGGCGACCGUUACUUUGGCACCGAUGACGACGACGAGGACGGUGGAGCCAACGGGCUGCCACUGGGGGAGAGGAGCGGCAGCAGCAGCCGGUGA